AUGAGAUACGCUGCCGCCCUCGCUGCCUCGGCCGCUCUCGCCCUCCCGGCCCUCGCCGCGCCCCAGGAGCCCAGCGCCCCGGGCCAGAACGCCUGCUCCAGCCGAUGCGGCAAGGAUGAGGGCAUCCAGAGCGGCUGCACCGGAGACAUCAGCGCGCACGCCGCCUGCAUGUGCAAGACCGACAACGGCGGCGGCUUCUUCGCCGCCUGGAAGGACUGCCGCCAGUGCGAGCUCGACUCGAAGAAGAUGACCCAGGAUACGUAUAAGCUCGUCAACCAGGCCAUCGAUCAGGUCUCGGCCAGCCUUUGCGGCCCGUCGCCCACAGCGAGCUUCCAGCCCCUCUGGGAGACCAUCGCUGGCGGCUUGGGCGUUUUCGAGGCUGCCGCAGCCGCUACCGGCGCUACCGGCGCUCCGGGCAAGACCGUGUACGGCGGCAACGGCGGGGACGGCGGGGAAGGUGUCAACGGUGUCAACGGUGUCAACGGUGCCAAGGGCACCGACGGCGCUCCCGGCUCUAAGGGCACCGACGGCGCUCCCGGCGCUUCGGCCAGUGGCUCCCCCAGUGCCAGUGGCGGUCGUAGCGGUACUUCGGCCGGCGGCGCCUCAGCCGGUGUUGGUGGCGCCGGCGGUGAUGCCAGUGCCCCUUCCGGUGCUGGUGCUUCCGGGGCCAGGGCGUCCAGCGCGGCCGAUGCCCCCGCCAGCACCCGUUCCACUUCCACCUCACCCACGACCGGCGCCGCCGGCGGCCGCAGCGGCAACUCGACGACAUCUACUGCUGGCAUCAACGCCAACGCCGGCAACUCGGGCAAGGUCAUCUCUAGCCUGGCUGUUGCCGCUGUUGGCGCUGCUGUCAUGCUCGCUCUGUAA